AUGUCUACACCUGAAACGAAACCUGGCUUUCUGUCCGCCGGAAUAACCGCCCUAUCUCCCUGGAGCUCUAGAAGCGCAACGCCAAAGCCAUCGCAACCACCGAAACAUGACGAGGACAAAGUACCUGGAACAGGCACGGGAGCUCAGCGUGGUGGCGAUCACAUAGUGAAAAGGCACCGAAUAAGCCCGAAGAAAUACCCGAGCGACUGCCCUCCCCUUAGACAUCUUCUCAAGAUCCCGAAACGGAAACCGUUUGCUUCGACUACUCAGCCCUCUGACAAACCCGCGCCCCGCCCUAAGAAGUUUAUACCUUUCUCUGCCAGCGACUCUCGAGCCAUCGAGAAGGCGUUUCAAAAACUAGCUGAUGAGGAAGAAGCCUCAGAGGAAAAGGAUGGCGCUCUUGCGACCGCUGCGAAAGCUGCCCAAAGGGAUGAGCCGCCCAAGCAAACGAGUACGAAGGUGCCUGUCAACGAGGACUAUUUGUUCGAUGUCGAGAUAGAGACCCGAGAGCUAGCCCCUGCCUACUGGAUGGGGCCGGUAUAUGAUGUGAAGAGAGGGACCUGGUUCACACCCGAUGGAGACCCUUGCGACGAGAAUCUGGCGCAUCAGUUGGAGGAAGGUUACUUGAAGCUCAAGCCCUGGCGCUUCGCGAAAUCAUCGGAACAAACUUCUUCUUCACAGCCGCGUACACGACCCGUCUCAUUGAAUGUAAAGCCUGAUGAGGACUACCGAAAGUUGCUGAGCGACCGACAAUCAACAUCGAAUCCUGUUACACCGCAAUCCUCUAUGGAUAACCUAAGAGGCGAGGCCGAAAAAAGUAAGGUAGAUGAGGGCGCGAGCGCACAUAACCAGAGUCCAACUUCAGAGGAAGGUUCAAGAACCCACCGUCUGUUUGGGGCGUAUAUGAACUCAGUGGUUACUUAUCAGGACGAUACCACGGCUUGGUUGCUCACCGACGAUUUCCUCUCGCGGAUGGGUAGUACACUCUAUCAAAGAUUCGCAGGAGGCGCGCAUUAUGGAGCGAAAUACAUCCGUGGUUACGUGGAUCCUGCCACUAAAAAGUCGAAAGCCAAAGAUGAGAGGGCGAAGCAGGAGACUCACCCGCCGGAUAAUUCUCCUUUGGCAUAUGGAGAUGGUCCAAAUAAGAGGCCCACUCCAGCUUCUUCAGAGGCAGUAUUGGAAGCAGAAGCCGAGCAUGAAGAGACGCCGGCCGAGACUCGAAGGCGUACUCUAGAAAGACACGUGUCGUCUUUGAUGAUAUCCUCGCAGACGAGGGAGGAUUCAGAGCAGCAGGAGGAGGAGAUUCGGAGGCGGGACGAGCAAGAAAUGCGUGAAGACUACAAGGACCAGAGCAAGGCGGAGCAAGGCCGAGAAAUCGAACACCUUCUGUUGGUUACGCAUGGGAUUGGCCAGCGCCUGGGUAUCCGCAUGGAGAGUGUCAACUUCAUUCAUGAUGUCAACUCUUUCCGGAAGUCUCUCAAGUCAACAUAUUCAAACUCGCCUGACCUGCAGGCUUUGAAUUCAGAAGUUGAUCAGGACCUCAAGAACAACCGAAUCCAGGUUCUCCCGAUUGUAUGGCGACAUCUCCUAGAUUUUCCAAAACAGUCCCUCAAACACAAUCGUAAAGAGCACGAUCUGGGCGAUUUAGAUCACGACGAUGAAGACUAUCCCAAUCUGGAAGACAUAACUGUUGAAGGAGUGCCAGCUGUUCGCAAUCUGUUGACGGAUCUUGCCUUGGAUAUCCUUCUUUAUCAAAGUCCAGCGUACAAAGGUCAUAUAUCACGCAUCGUACUCACCGAAUGCAAUCGCAUAUAUAGGCUCUUUAAGCAGCGGAAUCCCACUUUCAAGGGGAAAGUCAGCCUCGUUGGGCAUUCGCUCGGUUCGGCGAUCAUGUUCGACAUUCUGUGCCAACAAAAGACGGCAGGCGCUCAAUCGCAAAUACAGCCAGGCAAACGACCCACUGAUGAGAAUCUUCAGUUGGAUUUCGAAGUGGAGGACUUCUAUGCUCUUGGCUCUCCAAUUGGUCUUUUCCAGAUGUUGAAGGGUCGCACUAUUGCUGCGCGCCCUUCUAACACCCCUUUCGUACCCCCUGAAACCCCACAGAGUCCCCUCGAUGAUCCAUUCUCGCCCACUUCCAAGUCGAAAUGCGAACACGCAUUUGAAAUUACCACCUCCUCCCCAGCAUGUCGCCAACUUUUCAACAUCUUCCACCCCACCGAUCCAAUCAGCUACCGCCUCGAACCUCUCAUUUCACCGGCCAUGUCAGCUCUUAAGCCUCAGCCGCUUCCGUACACCAAGAAAGGACUUUUUAGUGCGUCUGGAGCUCAAGGCCUCACAGGCAUCGGCGCCAGAGUCGGCCAAGGCGUGACAGAUUUCUGGACGUCAGUCAGUUCGGGCAUCGCCAGUGGGCUUUUAAAUCGUAGUUUGGGGCUCACAGGCGCCGAUGCGACUAAGAUGCAAUCAGACCUUACGCACGGCCAACGUUCCUCACGACCACUAUCCAUCACCCCCGGAACUGGUGCAGGAUCGGAUGAUCCCGCCCGUGCCUUUGUCAACGAAGAGCGGAAGAAAAGGCUAGCUGGUGACGACGCAACUGUAGUCCCGAGGUCGGACGGCGAGCACCCCGCCACCUUGAUUGACUCAGAGAUGGAGACUUUGUAUGCCGGGUUCCAAAAACGGCGUAGCAGUCAACAACCCACCGGGGCCGGCGGGGAGCACGAUACAGAUAAAGACGACGAGUGGCGUGAGCUUGAAGAGAAGAGUCGCAAGCUGCGGAAAGAGGAGGCGAAAGUCAGGGCGCUGAAUGCAAAUGGGAGGGUGGAUUAUAGCAUUCAGGAAGGGGCGUUUGACAUUUCGCUCUUGGCUAGUAUAGCAAGCCACUUGUCCUACUGGGCCGAUGAAGACGUGUCGCACUUUAUCAUCUCGCAGCUCUUGGCUAGAAAUCGUGUUUUGAGG